GGAGCCGGAAGUAUUCGCUGUGUCAAGCUUGGAAAAAAAGCUAUUGGGAAGUGAGGAAAGAGGGAGGUGGAAAAAUUGGCAUUUUUGAAGCCGAUUUUCGGGACCCCUGUUUAGGAAAGCAGAAACUGCUCUGGAGUUCCCCUGUUUUCCUGAGAGCUGCUUCCGUCCUUCGCCUGGACGCAGCAGAUGCCAGCGGCAGCAUGAGCGUGAAGGCGUUCGAGCUGGUCCCCGCAGUGGGACGGGAGCUCUUGAUGGGUGACAAGGCACUGGUGAAUAUCGAGUGCAUCGAAUGCUGUGGAAAGCACUUGUACGUGGGUACCAACGAUUGCUUCAUCUACCACUUCCUCCUGGAGGAGAGCACCUCCACCAAGGGCAAGGUGACGUACUCCAGCCAGAAGCUGCUGCACAAGUACCUAGGUCUGAAGAAGCCGGUGAGUGAGCUUAGGGCUGCCUCAGCCCUGGAGAGGCUCAUUGUGUUGUGUGACAGCACUGUGCUGGUGGUGGACAUGGCCAACCUGGAGCCAGUAACCUCGGGCGGGGCCCGGAUCAAAGGGGUGCUUGCCUUCUGCGUCAAUGAGAACCCGGUGAAUGGCGACCCAUUCUGCGUUGAGAUCGGCAUCAUUUCGGCCAAGAGGCGGACCGUGCAGAUAUACCUGGUUUAUGAGGACAGGGUGCAAAUGGCCAAGGAGGUCAGCACACCAGAACAGCCCUGUGCCAUCAGCCUGGAUGGAUACUUCCUGUGCCUGGCCCUCUCUACUCAGUACAUCAUCCUCAACUACAGCACGGGGGCCUCCCAAGAUCUCUUCCCCUACGACAGUCAGGAGAAAAAGCCAAUUGUGAAGAGGAUUGGGCGAGAGGAAUUUCUUCUGGCGGCACCCGGAGGCCUGGGGAUGUUCGCCACCGCGGAGGGGAUCUCCCAGCGCGCCCCCGUCAGCUGGUCGGAGAGCGUCAUGGCGGCCGCCGUCUGCUUCCCCUACGUGGUGGCUCUGGACGAGGGCUUCAUCACCGUCCACAGCAUGCUGGACCAGCAGCUGAAGCAGACGCUCUCCUUCAGGGACGGCAUCAUUCUCCAGGACUUUGAGGGGAAAGUAGCUCUGACUUCCACCAAGGCGGUCUACAUGCUGGUUCCUCUGCCCCUGGAGAAGCAGAUCCAGGACCUGCUGGCUGGCCGCCACGUGGAGGAGGCGCUGGUGCUGACGGAGGGGGCCAGGAGCAACAUCCCCAAGGAGAAGUUCCAGGUGAUGCACAGACGCAUCCUCCAGCAGGCAGGAUUCAUUCUGUUUGGACAGCUCCAGUUUUCGGAAGCAAAAGAGCACUUCAGGAGGGGCCAGCUGGACGUACGGGAGCUCAUAUCUCUGUACCCCCUGCUGCUGCCCGCCGGCUCCUCCUUCACGCGCAGCCACCCGCCGCUGCACGAGUUUGCCGACCUGAACCACCUGGCGCAGGGCGACCAGGGCAAGGUGCAGCGCUGCAAGCGCUUCCUGAUCAGCUACCUGCGCGAGGUCCGCAGCGCCGACGGCUCCAACGGCUGGCGGCAGGACGUGGACACAGCGCUGCUCAAGCUCUACGCCGAGGCCAAUCAUGAGAGUCUGCUCGACCUGCUGGCCUCCGACAACGCCUGCCUGCUGCCCGAUAGCGCCCCCUGGCUGGAGAAACACUGCAAGUAUUUUGCACUGGGUCUUCUGUACCAUUACAACGGCCAGGACGAUGCUGCGUUGCAGGUGUGGGUACGCAUUGUGGAUGGGCAGCUGCAGGACUCGACCCGCUCUGACCUGUACGAGUACAUUGUGGACUUCCUGAGCUUCUGCCCCAACCUGGCCGUGGUGUGGAAGUACGCUGACUGGGCCUUGAGCAGGACCCCGAAGGUCGGCGUCCAGAUUUUCACCAGGAGACCAAUGGAAGAGGAGCAGCUGGGCAAGGUGAACCCAGACGAUGUCGUCAAGUACCUGCAGAAUUACAGCCAAGCUCUGGUGCUCUACUUGGAACAUCUGGUGCUGGAGAAGAGGAUGCAGAAGGAAUGCUUCCACACCCAACUGGCCACACUGUACCUGGACAGAGUGCUGUGCCUGCUGGCCGCGAGCCCCCCCCCAGCGGAGGAGGUGACAGAAGCUCGGGCGCGACUUCAGCUCCUGCUCAGGGAGUCCAGCCUGUACCGGGUUCAGUUUCUCCUGGAUAAGAUGGGGGAAGCAGAGCUGCUGCAGGAGAGAGCAACGCUGCAUGGCAAGCUGGAGGAGCACGAAAAGGCGCUACACAUCCUGGUGCACCGGCUGAAGGACGCGUCCGCCGCGGAGGGGUACUGCGUGUGGGCGUCGGCCUCGCGUGGCUCCGCCUACCGCCAGCGCCUCUUCCACCUGCUGCUGGGGCUGUACCUGGAGCCGGGCUCGGCGGGGGACGUCCAGCCGGUGCUGGCGGUGGAUCUGCUGAACCGGCACGCGGAGGCGUUCGACGCAGUGGCCGUGCUGCAGGUGCUACCCGAGGGUUGGUCCCUGCAGCUGCUGCGGCCCUUCCUGAGCGGGGCGCUGAGGGAGCGCAUGCAUGGCCGCCGCACUGCGCAGCUGGCGCUGGGGCUGGCGCGCUCCGAGAACCUGCUCCUGCACCACGACAGGCUAAAAUACCGGGGAGGCCCCAUCUUCGUGUCAGAGAAGAAAGGCUGCCAUUUGUGUCACAACACCUUCAGCGAGCCUGACUGCGUCUGCCUUCCGGGGGGUGUGCCUGUGCACAUGCACUGCGCCGCCCAGAGGGCCAGAGACUCACCCAGCAAGAGACACUGCACCAAUCCCAGCAGCCACACAUGAGCUGCCCAUUCCCCGCCCCUCUCUCUGAUGACCCCGCCCUCCUGUAAAGGCCCCGCCCAGAAAAUAGGUUCUCGUCAAACUCCAAUGCGGGGCUAAAAGCACAGCCAGGCUGGGGGAGGGGCGACCUGACAGGACCAGCUCUGGGACCUGGGUGCCAAUGGAAGCCUUUCAGCGGAAUGUGCGUGACUUUAUUCCCGUCGUCUGCCUGUGCACAGGAGUGGCGCUCACUGUCGGCUCGUGAGCACUUUUAAAUAAAAGAACCACUGCACAAAACUAUGACCUUAAUCCAAAACGUUCCCCUACCAGCAAGGGCUGCACCUGCAUCGGGUCCCGCUCUGGAUUAACUGCCCGCACCCAGGCUGCCGCCAUGCUCUCUCGCGUACGGGGCCGGUCCAGUUUAAGCCUCCCACUGUCCAGAAGCCCUUGUCUCUGUCAUUCUCACCGCCUCCUUCUCCUUCUCCUGCUCCGUCUGUUUGAGUGCAGGUCCAUUGCUCGCGCACGGGGCCGUUUGCCCCCCCCCCUCUCCCCAUCUGUCUCUUUUGUUUAGUUUGCCAUUCAGCAGGGUAAUGCUUGUGUUAUUUUCUUCUGUAUUUGCUCAGUCUGCAAAGAAGAAAAGGAUUGUAAAAGGUGAACUUACUUUUUUGCACUUUUCGAAUACAAGUGUCCGGUUUAACCAUGUAUGCUAGACCAUGUCUCAGGUUUAGUCAUCGUUGCGUGGUUCCAAGCUAUUACAUUUAUUACGGUAUGUACAGUUACUGUGACCUUUUCUGUGAUCUUUCGGGAUUGGAUGGUCGAUAUAAGCACUAUAACGUUCCCAUCAGUCCUGUUGUAAUAUGUUUACGGUCCUGCUAGGCAAAAAUUUAAAGUGACAGGACUCCUUAAAGCCCAGAGCUGCUGUAUCUCCCUGCUCCCUGGUCAGUUUACAGGUGCAUAGAGAGCGACUUUCUAUGGACGCCCUGCAGGGGUGUGGAAUGAACCACUGGGCUGUGUGACGGGGUGAUCGUUUUUGUGCAGUGUGAAAACAGCAUCCUGUAUCUUAGUCCAACAUCAUUUGCUGAUGUACUGAAUCGUGCCUGAUCUGGGGAAGAGGCAUAUCUGCGGGUUGUAUAAGAUCUGCGCCGAGCACAAGACUGACAGGCUGGCAUGUUGGAGACAAAGCCCCCCCCUUCCCCUUUGUAUUGGUUUGCUUGGCGGUUAUUGGUUAUGCCCUUUUCCAGUCGCAGGCUCCUCCCGAUUUUCUGUUUCCUACGCGAGUGCGAAACCCUGUCAUGGUUCAGUCACUCUGGAAUCGGCCAGGCAGUCAAGCGGCGGCGGGAUCGAAAAUUCCUGAUAUCUGAGAGAAAGACGCAUUCUUCAUGUUGUUUUUGAGUCUAAACGGCAGAUUCCAGAAGGGACAAGUUAUGGGCAAAUUGCUGUGCAGAUGCACCAGGCCCACUGUGACUUUGGGUGGUUACAUGCUGACCAAAGUCGGUUAAGCACAGAUACGCAAGUGUCUGCGCGGUAGCAGCACACUCGCUAUUUCUGUCUACUUUUGUGUGAAACACAGGUGCACAUUUUGACCUUUGAUGUGUCUCUGAUUUUGAGCCCGUUCUGUUGAAUGGGACAUUCAGAUAAUUGCCAUGUGAAAGCAACAGAGUCUGUGUGAUGCUUGAAAUUUGGGAACGUCUGUCCGUCAUUUUAGUGAUCAGAAUGAUUCCUGUCUCUGGUGGAAAGCUGGUGGCCUCUUUCAUUGACGGCAUUUGUUGGGAAAUAGAGGUUCGACGACUAACUUAAAAUGGUUUACAGUUAUCCUUUCUGUUCCCUUAGAGCAGUACGAGUGUAUUUCCAAAUCUGGUCCUUGGGGACCCACAGACAGUCCACAUUUUCGGAAGGGAGCAAAAAUGUGGACUGUCUGGCAGGGAGCUUGGAGGUAGCAAAAACAUGGACUGACUGUGGACCGCAGAGGACCAGAUUGGGAAUCACUGCUUUAGAGAAUCUCCUCUUGACUGUUGGGCAUAUCAGUUUGUUUUUAGAAGUUCCCCACCUGUACUGACAUAAUAGGCAGAAAAUACUUGACAACUUUUGUUUUAUCUUUAGUCGUAAGUCAGUUCUAUCAGAUCGCCGUAUAGCUGAUCUUGCAAAGCUAAGCUAAGUGCUGUGUCUCUGUCCAAGGAGUAGUUCCUGCAGCCAUCGCCCAGCUUCAGCCAGUGUUGCCCUCUCCAGGUGGUGUUCAUCCGCAGGUGUCCCGUGGGAUGAUGCGUUCACGCUUCCCGACCUUUACCUUUAACCAAUGAACAAAUAACGUUGUUUUAACGUUUCUUCCUUCGUGUCCCAACAUGCCCCGUGGCUUUUUUUUCUAUCCGCCGUAGUACUUUAUAAAUAUAUAGAAACCCUUGUAUAUAUUUAUAUCGUGUUGCUUUGUAAAUUCAUGCCAAUGUAGGUGGAAUGUAUAAAAUGUCCAUUUUAAUAAAUGACUAAAUUAUAA